CGCUCCCCACUUACAACAAGAGCACUGCCCUAAUCUUCAUUCUGUUCUCUCCUUCCUCAAUUCACAAAUACGACUUCAAAUUACUCAAAUUCAAGAAUUCGGAUAUGGCGAGUGCGGUAGAUGCAGCUGGAAACCCGAUCCCGACAUCAUCGGUUUUGAUGGCGGCAUCGAAGCACAUUGGGGUAAGAUGCCAAGCAGAGAACGUGGAGUUUCUCAAAUGCAAGAAGAAGGAUCAGAACCCUGAAAAGUGUCUCGAUAAAGGGCGUGACGUCACUCGCUGCGUCCUUGGCCUUCUCAGGGAUCUACACCAAAAGUGCACAAAGGAGAUGGAUGACUAUGUUGGCUGCAUGUACUACCGCACAAACGAAUUUGACAUGUGUCGCAAAGAGCAGCAAGCUUUCGAAAAAAAAUGUACAUUGGAAUGAAACUAUGCACUUUGUCAUUGUUGGAAAAAUAACUCCACAGGCAAUUUGGAGUGAGCAAAAUGGGCCUGUGUCACAAAUGUUCAUUGAUCAUGUGUUUGUAUGAAUCUUUUACCUUUGGCUAAGUUGGUCAUCUAUGUUUUCCUAGAGAAACAUUUCCAAGCAGAACAAAACAAUCAUCUUCAAUCACAAUAACUAAUGAGAAUUUUUUGAUGUGGGAACA